AUUGCACGUGGCGGACGUUGCUCCUGCCCGGUUCCAAAAUAUUUAUAGAAAUCGGUCGAAAUUAGUGUCGUUUAAAGAAAAUAUUGUUACGUAUAGUCGUUAUCUGACGUGAUAGAGACGUAGUGCCUAUAAGUUUGGGAAAUAGUGUUCGUCUUACGUGGAUGUACACGGAUUUGUGAUGUGUAAUUCCAUGAGGUGUAUGUAAAUACGGUUUCCGAAUGUCCUAUAUUCACGCUGGUAACCAGGCCGGAUGGGAUCGGAUGUCCCGUAUAAGAUGAUUGCUGGAGCCGUUUGAAGAAUCGGUCGUCAUUUUAUGACAAUUUAUUUAGAAGUUUCUUUUUUGUUGGACAACAAAAGUGGCAAUUGGCAAAAUCGUACCAAUUUAAGCACCCACACCAACAUUCAUUUAUCCGAUGAAUCUCACAAUGUAAAUCGAAAGGCGAGUCAGGUUAAUAAAUACACAAAUCGGACUCAUACCUGCGGAGAUUUACGUAGGCACAAUGUAGGACAAAAAGUUGUACUGUGUGGUUGGUUGGAGUACCAGAGGAUGGACAAAUUUUUAGUACUAAGAGAUAGUUACGGAGAAACUCAGCUUAUCACUUUAAACAAGGAUGAAAAUAUUCAGGAACUUUUGAAAUCUACCUCUUUGGAAAGCAUAAUCCAAGUGACAGGCACGGUGUUUGAGCGCCCUAAGGAAAUGAUCAACAUAAACCAAGUAACUGGUGAAAUUGAGGUUGGCAUUGAAGCAAUUCAGGUGCUAAAUAAGGCUAAAGACUCACUACCCUUUCAAAUGAGGGAGUUCCAAAAAGCCAAAGAGGGAUUAAGAAUGAAAUACAGAUAUUUGGACAUAAGGUUUCCACAAAUGCAGAGAAAUCUGCGGGUACGAUCUAAGCUGAUAAUGAGAAUGAGAGAAUUUUUAAUCACAAACAAUUUUGUGGAUGUAGAAACACCAACUUUAUUUAAAGAGACGCCUGGAGGAGCACAAGAGUUUGUUGUACCUACCAGAUUCGCAGGCAAAUUUUUCUCAUUAGUGCAAAGCCCACAGCAGUUUAAGCAAAUGUUAAUGGCUGGGGCUUUGGAUAGAUACUUCCAAAUAGCUAGGUGUUACAGAGAUGAAGGGGCGCGAUCAGACAGACAACCUGAAUUUACCCAGUUGGACAUAGAGCUGUCUUUUACCAAUGCUGAACAUGUAGUUCAACUUAUAGAGGACUUAAUGGUUUACACCCUUGAAAAAUUUUGUGAUGGGAUUCCUAAAAAAUUUCCUCGAAUUUCGUAUCUGACAGCAAUGGAGGAAUUUGGCAGUGAUAGACCAGAUACAAGUUUUGAUUUUAAGCUAAAAAAUUUUACACAUCUUCUAAAGGACAUGGAUCCUACUUGUGAAAAUUUUGGGGCUUAUGCACUGGCUUUUCCCAAGCACUAUGCAAAUUUAAGUAAAUCUGUUAAGGAACAUUUGUCCAAUAUCACUCUCCAGCAUCCUAAAGCUAAGUUGGUACAGAGUAAGGUCAACUUAAAUAAAGAUUGGCUCACCAAGAUAACCCGUCUUAUAUCUGAAGAUGCUGCAAAAGCUAUUAUGAAAGAUUGUGAUUUGGAGGACGGCUCCGCGUUAUUUUUAGCAUUUGGAGACAAGGUGGAUGUGAGAAAUUUGUUGGGUAAACUAAGGGUAGAGUAUGUAAAUUACUUGGAGAGCAUUGGCGUGACAAUAAGAAAAAAAGGAUAUCAUUUUCUUUGGGUGCUGGACUUUCCUUUAUUUGAAAAGUGCCAACAGACCGGCACUUUAAAAUCUGUUCAUCAUCCUUUCACUUCGCCGCACCCGGAAGACUUGCCUUUAUUACAAAGCGCUCCUUUAAAGGUUAGGUCUUUGGCAUAUGAUCUGGUGCUAAAUGGACAUGAAAUUGGAGGAGGUUCAAUACGAAUUCAUGAUCCUUCCCUACAAGAACAAUUGUUGAAAGCAUUGAAUAUUGACCAAGAAUCGUUACAACACAUCAUAGACAUGCUGGGUUCUGGUUGUCCUCCCCAUGGAGGCAUAGCACUGGGCUUAGAUAGGUUGUUUGCAAUUUUGCUCAACACAAUCAGUAUUAGAGAUGUUAUCGCCUUCCCAAAGACGUUUGAAGGGAGGGAACCCAUUAGCCAAGCACCCUCAGAGGUGUCGGAAAAAACUUUAAAGCUUUAUCAUAUUCGGCCGAUCGAUUGUUAAGUUCCAUGUUGUAA